AUGUCAACACCGAACGACGAAAGACCGGAACCCACAUAUCAUCAACCCUCAUAUCACUUGCCGUCCUACAACGUUAAUCCACAGACUGGCCAUCCUCACCACGGCGAACGAUCCUCAGACGAAGAAGGGACAGUCGUUGGAGACCACAGAGACCAGAGCAGUCACAGCCAUCACAGCGACAUCAGAGAUCACCAAUAUCACGAUGAGGACCGUGAUGGGCCUAUCGAUCCUCGCGUGCAUCGCAUGGGGAGCCACCUUACUGUAGACACUGCCAACGAUCCUCACUAUCAUCCUCGACUGCACGACAUGACAUCGCCUUCGCAAUCACGAGAAAUGGCCAACCGACUUGACGAUGACCUGGAGUUACUCAAGAUCGAAAGACAAGUGUCACGCGAUGCCGAUGUCAGAACAAACGAUGGUGCUUCACACAUGGGUCGUCAAACUUCCAGGAGGGAUGACAUUGAUGAGUUCGAUGUUGCUACAAACCCGAUCCACGAGCAGGCUGCCAUGUACAAGCCUCCUCAAGAUCCUAGUGGCAAGUUUUCCAAGCUGGUCAAGAAAAUCCAUCAUUCAAGUUUCCUGGUCCGCUAUCUCACAUACAUUCUGCCUGUGGUAUUGAUCCUUCUGAUCCCGCUGUUGAUCGGCGCGUUUGUCAGUCCUGCCACAGAUGCUGUGGUUGGAGGUGUUGAACUCAUGUGGUUCAUGAUUUGGCUGGAGAUUGUUUGGCUCACGCUUUGGGCGGGUAGACUUCUCGCAAAAUGCCUUCCCUAUCCUAUCGGUCUUGUCUCUACUAUCUUUACCAACAACAGCAAAAAAUGGCGUGAUAUGGGCAAGCAACUCGAGCUUCCCGCGACUCUAUUCUUCUGGUGGCUUGGUGUUGAAGUUUCAUUCUUGCCGACCAUGAAGAAUCAUCAGGCUAACGGGAGCCAUGAUACAAAACACUGGAUGGGAACCAUGAACAAGGUCCUUGUGGCAAUCUUUGUCGGCACGAUUUUGAACUUUGUCGAGAAGAUCAUUAUCCAGCUCAUUGCCAUCAGCUUCCACUUGCGCACUUACGCUGAUCGUAUUGAGCUGAACAAAUUCCAAAUCGGCAGUCUGGUCAAGCUUUACACUUUCUCUAAAGCUAAAAUUGCCAUGGAAGACUCCGAGUUCGAACAACCCUCUGCUCCGGAAUCUGGUGCUCGUACCCCUGGUCGUUAUCUUCAAGAAGCUCAGAAACAGACCAAGGAGAUCUUCAACAAGGUUGGUGAUGUCGCGGGCAAAAUGGCAGGCGAUUUCACUGGAAGGACUGUUGCAAAGAGCACUCACCCUCACCAAGUUGUAUUGACGCUCCUGGGAUCCACCAACGGUAGUCAAGUCCUUGCGCGCCGUCUUUACCGUACUUUCGCUAGACCCGAGACCGAGACUGUCUACAAUGACGAUUUGAAGAACGCCUUCGACAACGACGAAGAAGCUGAAGCAGCUUUCUCCAUGUUCGACAAGGAUAUGAACGGCGAUAUCUCAAUGGAGGAACUGGAAGCUGUUUGUGUUGAGAUUGGUCGUGAGCGCAAGUCUAUCACUGCCUCGCUGAAGGACCUGGACUCGGUCGUUGGCAAGCUCGACGACAUGUUCAUGUUCCUGGUUGCCGUUAUUACCAUCCUAGUUUUCAUUUCGCUCAUCUCGACUUCCGCUGCUGGUGUUCUGACUUCAGCUGGUUCUACUGUGCUUGGUCUCUCAUGGCUUUUCUCGGCAACUGCAACUGAAGUUCUGCAGUCCAUCAUCUUCGUCUUCGUUAAGCAUCCUUUCGAUGUCGGAGAUCGUGUUACCAUCUACGGAAAUACUGGUGCCACUAUGACUGGUGACGACUACUUUGUAAAGGAGAUUGCGCUUCUCUACACUGAAUUCAAGAAGAUGGAGGGACACGUGGUGCAGGCACCUAACAGCUACCUCAACACUCUUUUCAUCCUGAACCAGCGCCGUUCAGGUGGUCUCGCUGAAGCCGUCCCUGUUGUUAUCAAAUUCGGUACUACUCUGGAGCAGAUUGAGACUCUUCGCAACCGUCUCCUCGACUUUGUCAAGCAAGAAAAGCGCGAGUACCAGGGCAACAUUCUCACCGAACUCCGCGCAGUCACCGAAGUCCACUCUCUUACUCUCAAUGUCAUCUUCUUCUACAAGUCAAACUGGCAGAACGAGGGUCUUCGUCUUGCACGCAGAAACAAGUUCAUUUGCGCUCUUAUGGUCACCAUGCAAGAGGUUGGUAUCGAAGGUCCUCGCAUGCGCUUCCCUGGCCAGAAGGAGUCCUUCCCCGUAUACAUGCAAAAUAUCCCUCAUCAGGCUACUCCCGGUAUUGGUCGCAAUGGUCAUCCUGACAACCCGACUGGUUGGCAGGAAGGCGAACAUCACGACCCACCAUUUGUCGCUCCUGCUGAAGGUCCUGUUGGACGUAACGGAUCUAUCCUCCGUACUGGCUCUAUCGCUCGUCGUCAUGAAACUCUUGCACAAAUGGGCAAGCGUGUUGACUUCUCACUGGGUACGAGUGGAGAGGCAGCAAACAACUAUGCUGGUGACGUGUUUGAAGGAGAGCGCAAGCCACGCCUUCCUAUCAGCAUUACCUCGCCAUCUCCAGACAACCGCGUCCGAAAGUCAAAUGACACACAUAGAUCGACCGACACUGGUCGCUCUACCUCGCGCGACAUCGGCCCUGGUCGUCUGGCCCGCAGAUCCACAGACACAUCCACAACCUCGCGUCCUCACCACCGCAACCGCUUCUUCGGCCGCGCCCGCGGCAACACUAUCGACGAGCAAGCCAUGAUGGAAAAGGGCAUGGCCGACAUUCCUGAAGACUCUCCCAACGUCGCAAGCACCAUUGAUCCACGCAGCGGUCUCGUAUCUGGAGCCGCAUGGAGAACACGCACGAAUGAGAGUAACGUCGUAAGAAAAAGUCAAGAAAGACCUAGAACAGGGCACACUGCCGACACAGCAGGCCACUCAAUAGGUCUUGACGGACCACCACAAUUGCAUCCCGGCGACCCUCCUGCCGAGGACUUUGAGAUGAAGAGGUUCCACUAA